AUGAACGCCUUGGAUGCCUGCCUUCGAGGGAUUUCGAAUGUCAAGCGGCGCGUCUACCAGUAUCCAUCGCAGCACAGCAUGUCAGUCCUCAAGGGUGGUGCCGUCUUCACGGCCAUUGCCUCUCUCGCCGCCGUCGCGGUCCCGGCCUCGUCCGCCAGCGUCCCGACCAUCACGCCCGAGUACCUCGCGACGGCGGGCAACAACUCCCUCUUCACCCGCUGGAGGCCUCGCUCCCACUACCUCGCGCCGCACAGCUGGCUCAACGACCCCUGUGGCGCCGUCUACGACCCGGCCACGGAGACGUACCACCUACAGUACCAGUUCCACCCCAACCACGUCGGCUGGGGAAACAUUUCUUGGGGCCAUGCCGUCUCCAAGGACCUCUUCCACUGGACCGACGUCCACGACUGGCAGAACGACUCUUCCGUGUCGCUCGCCUCCGGCAAGUACGCUUCCGGCCCCCUCUCGCAGUUCACCGGCACUACGCAGCCCGUCAACAUUGAGGGCGCCAGCGAUGGCACGCUCUUGACCUUCGGCACCGGCAUCCACUACCUGCCCACCAACUGGAAGAAGCCGUACAUCACCGGCACCGAGGUGCAAGCCAUGUACACCUCCUCCGACGGAGGUUCCACCUGGGACGAAGUCGGCACCGUCAUCUCCGGCCCCCCAGAGGGCUGGAACGUUACCGGCUGGAGAGACCCCAGCUUCUUCCCCUCCACGGAGCUCGACAGCCUCCUUCAGGUCAGCGAGCCCCACUACUACAUGGUUCUCGGCUCCGGCCUCAAGACCGGCGACGUCCCCGCCGAGCUCCCCGGCGCCGCUCGCCCCGGCUUCAUCGGCCCCCGUAUCCCGCUCUAUUCCGCACCCUCCUCCAACUUGACCCAGUGGACCUUCCUCGGCGCCCUCUGGGAGCCCGUCGCCAACUCCUCCCUUGGCGUGCCCGACGUCACCGGAUCGUACGGCUACAACUUUGAGGUCAGCAGCUUCUUCGACUUGCCCGUCGGCGACUCGGACGAGAAGGCCUGGUUCGUCACCAUGGGCGCCGAGGGCGGCAACACCACGCAGCACUGGAAGGAGCAAUGGGCCCUCUGGAACCGUGGACAUGUCGCCCGCCGCGACAACGGCUCCGUCGAGUUCACGCCGACCUCGGGUGCCGCCCUGGACUGGGGUAUCUCCUACGCCCAGGCCACCUGGAAGGACACCCGCAACGACGACCGACGCGUCAUGUGGGGAUGGGCCAACGACGACAUCCUCGGCGACUACGCCUUCAACACGUCCAAGCAAAUGGGCUACCAGGGCUCCAUGAACCUCCCCGUCGAGCUCUACAUCAAGGAGACCAAGGGCGUGCAGAACUGCGGCACCCAGCAGGACGGAAGCACCUGCAUCGAGAGCUGCAACGGCCACACCGCCCAGACCCUCGGCAUGCGGCCCCUGCCCGACGUCCUCGCGCUCCUCCGCGACGGCGCCGAGACCCACGAGUUUGAAAUCGGUCGCCUCGCCAACACCACCAAAACCGCCGCCGCCGACCUCGGCACCUCCUACGAGCUGACCGCGACCCUCAGCGGCUUCAGCGGCUCGGCCGGCAUCAUCGUCGGCCAGAGCCCCGACUCGGCCGAGUACACCACCAUCAACUUUGACGCGGCGGCCUCGGAGAUUAGCGUCGUCCGCACGCACAGCAGUCUGCUGCCCAACUUCAACAACGCGACGUUUGUGGGCCACUUUGAGCCCUACCAGAUCCACGCAAAGGGCACCAACGCGACGGUGACGGAGGAUCUCCACUUCCACGUCGUGCUGGACAACUCGUUGCUCGAGAUCUGGGUCAAUGAGCGCUUCGCGCUGACGGCACGGAUUUACCCUUCGCGCAACGACAGCACCGGUCUGAGCUUCUUCGCUGCCGGCGAGGGCGGCGGGGCUACUUGGAAGGACGUCAAGGUCUGGAGCGGUCUUGCAAAGGCGUGGCCGGAGAGGCCGGAGGAUACGAGCGUUCCUUUGGUUUGGGAUACGGCUGAGCAGACGAAUAACUACACUUGGUGGGAUGGAUAUUAG